GAACCAUCCGCAACUUUUGCCAGCCUAGAGAAAGAAUCCCCCCUGCCUACUGCACCCUGCUGCUGCCUCCGGCUACCCUGGUCGUCAUAUCGCAGCCAACCACUUGGUCAACAGGCAGAGACAGGAAUUUUUCUCGUCUCUCGUGUCGUGUCUUGUCAUUGCUCCCUCUGUCUCGCCUGCCUAGAGCCACGCGUGGUGGGGUUGACAAGAAUGACUCGUUGCUAACAAUUAAAAGGAAAUCAAUCGCAGGCGCAUUCGGCUCGCUUCCCUCCCCUCUGUUCAGUUGACCAUUAACGCUUCCGACAUCUUGGUUGAGCAUUGCCGUACUUUCCUUUGCACUUUACGCAAAUCUCUGCAGCCAUCCUUCGUUUUGACACACGCACUCCCGGCGAGCAAAUCAAGACUGCACACGACUACCACGUCAGUCAAAAGAUCUCGAGCUGCGAUAAGCUUCGUCUCGCUCCUUGUCCGCAGCCAAAAGAUUACACAAAUAGGAGCACAGCGCUGCGCACCAGCGGAAGUGCGCACCUCGACUACGAAGACAUUGUCACAGCAUCGGAUGUGGAACAUAGGUGCGGCAACACCAAGCUAAAGCCCAACCCAAACUACGAGCCAGACGCCCGAGGGGAUCCAGUGACAAGGUUGGUGAAGAGCCCCAUUCAACCGAAAUGGCAGCUCUUCAGGACAAGUUGGAAUGAACAAACAAAACGAAACAGUCGAAGCAAGUCCACCACAUUUAACCCCAGGCUCAGAGCCAUUCCUGGAGAGGAGGCAUCGCAAUCGCUUUCACCGAGGGCCGAAGACGAGCGACACGAGGAAUACAUUAGGCCCUGACGCCCUUAGGCCCGCCCACCAACCGCCCGGAACGAGCCUCCAGCCACGAUCCGCACCUAAAGUGGGCACACCUGUGGCAAAGGAAAAUCCGGUCCUUUUUGAUUAUCAGCCCAUCGAUUGGGGUCAGGCCUUGGAACGACGGACGACCCCUGUCACUCCACCACGACGACAACCCCCUUCCAUCCUCAGAACCAUAAUCCCGUUCGGACCUUGCUACAAAUAGCCUCCCUCACUUCACCCCUUUGAUCUUUGCUACCGCGUCCAUGCCAGAUAUUGAACGCCGUCGCCCUCGAGUAGCCACAGUCGAGGAUUAUGACGAAGAUGCUCAAACGACUCUCCCUGGCUCUCGAACUUCUGCCAAUGUAGCAAUCAAACGAUCUGAACAAGAAUUGACCGCUAGAUCACACGCGCCAAAGUCCCCCAGCAAUGGCAUCGACUCACGGUACGUUAGUGGAACAGGCUCUCUAGUUGCUGAACCUACUACUAUCACACGACGGAAGAUGCCAGAUCUCAAGCUCGACACUGCCGUCAUUCUGGAAAGGGAGCGACAGCCUUACCACAUGCCUCAUAGCGGCCCAGCGAAGCCUGUCAGCCGCCGUCAGUCUGUGCCUCAGAGCAAAGAACCCAUUUCUGAUCAGCCGCGACUGGGUAAGGUGAAGCAUUUUGUCCACGAGCCUCGCACGUGCUGGGUCUGUGACCAGUAUGGCAAACACAUCGACAUCAAGAAAGAGAUGUCUCGAGCAUCCAGCGUGGCUCCUCCACCACCAUCUCCCAAGGCGAUCAGACAGAAUGCGCCCCGAAGCGCGAAGGACGAUGACGCAUUACCCGAUAAAUCGAGACGAAUGUCUUCGUCAAGGCAGCCGAGACCCCUGAGCAUGGUCAACCCACCAAUUCCUGUUCAGUAUGUCAGUCCGGGCAUCUACGCGCAGCCUGUUGUUGCUACUUCUGGCUGGGCCACCCCAGUCACCCCUUCACUCCCUUACAAUCACGUACCUUACUCGUACGCUCCGACGUCCCCGGUCCCAGGUGCCUCUUUCGCCCCUUUCCAGCAUAUGCUGCCAUUCAUAGACAAUCCGCCUUCGUCCGAGUUGCACUCCACAAAACCAAGCCGUCGACCAAGCCCUGUCCGAAGAGUAACAACGUACGGCGAUCCAGUCAUCAGGCAGACCUAUGCUGAGCCUGGGGUGAUUGGGUUUGAGAGGGUCUCCUCGAAGGAGGACCGACCUGUGCUUUCUUCUCGAAAGUCAGCUCGCACCAGUGAUGAUGAUCGCAUCAUAAUGCCGCCGCCUCCGCCUCCGCAGCCAAAGACGCAACCUGCCGAGGUCGUUCUCGUCCGGAGACCAAGCACCAGAAGGUCGAAAACCUAUCACCCCUCAGAAGGACCCCUUCGAGAGCGGCUUUACGAGUCAGAUCAAUACGACGACGACGAUGCCGACUCUCACGAAUCGCGACAACCUCCUUCAGCCACGAGAGGACGGCGAGAAUCUCACUCCCCAUCGCGUCCUCCCACCUCCUAUCGCGGGCCAUCGGUUGUUGAAGCUCGCGAUCGUCCUGCACUACCCAGAAAGUCGGUCUCCUACUCUACGCCCACCACGACGACCAAGGUGGCUUCAAGCAAGGUUGACCCUUUACCGCGCCGGACUACAAUGCCAGCUGGGGCCGUGCCACUUGAUCAGAAGGAGAUCGAGGCUGAGCAAUAUCAGCAAAGUAGGAGCAAAACCUCAGGCGAACUGACUGCUCAGGCUCUUCGAGACUUGAACAAACGCACUUCUAGCUCGAAGUCAGAAACAGGGAGCAGCUACAGCCACAAAAGUCACCAGUCUUCGUCAAAGGACUCAUCCGGUCGUGGCAGAAGUCAUACAAGUGGCACUAGGACGAGCAUUACCCUACCUGGCGGCCUGAAUAUGAGUAUUCCAGCUGACUACGUGGAGAAAGAAGGCCGGCCGAUCAGCUUCAACGUCGGCGGCCUCAUUGUUUCAGUCGGCACGGAAGCAAAAGAGGAAUCCCGAUUCAAAGAGCGGAAAAGUAUUGAACGUGCACCCAGUGUGACUAGUCGCACGUCUCGCAAGAGUGUCUCUAGCAAUGUCUCCAAUCGUGAGCCGAAUCAAUCCUCCAGGCGUCUUUCUCACAUUGAAGACCGGGUUCCGAGCUUAAAAUCAAGUCGACAACCCAGCCGAGCCCCAAGCGUCAGUGGACGCAGCUACGAAUACACCCGACGGCAGAGCGUCGACUAUAGCAAGAAUUACGAGGAUGCAGUAUAUGGAGCUUGAAAGGAACAGACUGAAUACGUUCUUGCACUUUUGAGUGUGCCGGCUUGUAGUCGCAUAGGCGGCCUUUUUGGAAUUGCUUCUGUUUUCUGCCCUGUCGUUCUUGUGGAAAGCCUUUUUUGCAGUUGAGCAGGCAACGUCUUGUGCGUUGAAGUCUCAUCGGUUCUUUUUUUCACCCAAACCAUUGCUCCUUCGGGAGCUGCUAUCGAUGGCGGUUACGUUGCCGCCGCAACUUUUCGGGUAUGGAUACUUUGCAGUUUUCUCUUCUUCGACAAAAGAAAAUGUCAAAAGCAUACUCCCAAAAGUCACUGGUGACUAUCAGGAGAUCUGGCUGGAGUCUAGUCCACCCUGAUCAAGAAUGCGGCUGCCCGAGCUGCUUAAAGUAUCUCCAGUUUUCUUCGAAAUCGGGAAAGCUGAUGAGCAGUUCGGGAAUGAGUCCAGCGAGCGGGUUUUGUGUCAUUGCGAAAAAUUGUAUCGUUUCUCACAUUUGUCAAUGGUUGGCCAUGUUGGAUUCUCUUGCGUAUUGAUUCUUCGACAUUAAGAUGCCGUCUAGAUGACUAGAGAUUGACUCUGCUGGUCAUGGUCGGUCUGGAAAGCUGAGUUGUCCGGUCAAACAGUCGGGGUUGCAGGCAGGAUAUCUGCCUGGGCAUAGCAACAGCUACGUUGGUUUUUGUUGCUUCCAGUUAUGCUGCCUAUUAUGAAGCUGCACCCAUCCACUGAUCGAGGCUUGGAGGUUUAUUUCUUGGAGGAUACUGUGAUGUUUUAUUAGUGCUGGAUCGUUUACCUGCUGUGAUAUGACGAGAUCAUGAAAGGAUGCCUACCUGGUAUGGAGGAAGAUGAUAUAUUCGAUGGGGAAUCGAAGAUAGGGGUCACUAUGAGAAACGCAAUAUAGCGACCAAGGUAGACACAAUAGUAUAAUCAGUGACAAUGC